GUUUGACAACUCCCCCGUCCACAAAAUAUGUUACUACCACCAUCAUAAUUCCUCUACUACUACUACUACUACUACUACUACUACUACUACUACUACUACUACUACUACUACUACUACUACUACUACUACUACUACUACUACUACUACUACUACCACCAUCGCCCAAGAACUUGGUCAGUGUAUUCAAAGGACCAACAAGGACGAGGAGUCAUCGUGCGUGGAUGAUUUUGGAAUGACUCCAUUCCAUGUCCUCUUUUCAGCUGCUGCUGCCGAGUCGAGUCAAGAUCUUUUACUACAAGCCCUUUUAGACAGGUAUCCGUACCAUGUUCUCGGCUGGAAAGAUGCCAAUGACAAACUGGCAAUGGAAUAUCUGGUGAACAAUUGGACUCGGGGAAACAAGAUGUUACUGCAAAUGGCGCUGCACCGCUGGAUGUUGGAUCCACUCAUUCGUUGGUGGGGUACUACUACAUCCUCCUGGACAGACGACAUGCAGAGGAGGAUUCAAGCUAUACUUGUGGAAGAUCAUGUCAAGAGACGCAGGAUGAAGGUGUUCGUGAAGGCAUGCUCCGUCUGGAAACAGUACCAAGCCAUGGAGGUCACAUCGAUCUUGGAGAUGGCUGUAUGGAAAGGGAAACUCAAGGGUGGUGGUCGGAGCAAUAAUGGUGCUAAACGACAGGUGCUAGACCGAGAAGCGUGUCGGUGUGUCUGUGGAUCCAACAUUGUAAUUCCGAGUAUAGUACUAUUCUUGGGAAUUCAGCAUCAGCAGCAGUAA